GUCGGCGCCUGUCGUCGUCGUCUCUGGACAGGGCAACACGAGGAACUUCAGGUUCAGCCUCUUGAAAGCAUCCUGCUGUCCUCUGUGCUUUCUUAUACCGCCUUUCUGCAGCACGCCAUACCGAGCCCGCAAGGCCAACCAUAUUUGCAGCCUGGCAAAGGUCGGGUUUGGGUCAUCAUGGAUUCGCCCAAACCAGCGGUCGAUCUGGAAACGGAAUUAACAUGUGCGAUUUGCACCGAUCUUCUCUAUCAACCAUUGACUUUACUUGACUGUCUCCACACAUUUUGCGGCGCAUGCCUCAAGGACUGGUUCGGAUGGCAGGCCGCGGCGGCUGAGAGUGCACCGACCCCUCCGGCGCCCGAUUCACCAAUUUUUACCUGCCCAUCAUGCCGGGCUCCGGUUCGAGAUACGAAGCACGAUGCGAAGGUCGCCACCUUGCUCGAUAUGUUCCUAACCGUCAAUCCGACAAAGGCGAAACCUGAGAACGAGAUGGCUGAGAUGAAUAGGAAAUAUAAGCGCGGUGACAAGGUCCUCCGUCGCCUCAAGAUACCACACAGGACGCCUGAGCAGCUCCGUCUCGACGAACAGGAAAGGCGCUUGAUCGAGGAAGUGCGCGCUGUGAGUCUACAGGAGGCUUUCAACGCGGCCGAGGCCCAGCAGCAACAGCAACAGCAGUCGUCGAGGUCGCGAAGGAGGACUGACGAGGCAGCUGCUGCCACCACCAACGGGACCGGGAGGGAACCUCGCUCAUCCAGACCUUCGGCUGUUGCUACGGCCAGGAGUAGAGAACCAAGCACAGAUAGCGGUCACAGCGCCGCCAGUCGCGCUAGGGAUGUGAGGACCCGGGAAAGGACGAGACGGCAAGUGGCUGAGGCGGAGAACCGAAUUCGUGCCGAGCAGACCAUCAUGCUCCAGCCAGAAGCCAGGCACGGGGACGAAAGGCGACGUCGCAGCAGCGAGUCGCAUCACCGGCGGCCCGGUGAAUCUACAGAUUCAAGACGCCGACCUAUCGAGCACCAAUCGUCCAUCAGAUCGCUGAUCAGCACCGACUCUGGCUCACUCGACAUUGACAGAGAAAUCGAGGAAUUUGCGCGGCAGAUCCAGGAGGAGGGCCUGUUGGAUGGACUUGAUUUGGAAAACAUUGACCUUACCAACAACGAUGAGCUCAGUCGCAAGAUCACGGAAGCAUAUCGUAGACGGCAACGGGAAAGGGCCCAGCGGAACCGUACUGAGCGGAGGAGAGAUACUUCACGCUCGUCCGGACCGAGAACUUCGCGAACACAGACAAAUGAGCCCUCAAGCCGGUCGCGGCGACGCUCACUUUCCCUGUCAGCUCCACAGGCUGCAUCAAAUCCGCACAGUCGGUCAACUAGUGCCACCAGCCAAUCCGAGGAGCGUAGUAGACCUCCGGUGACCCACUUGGACGUGCAAGCCAACUCGCGCCGUCGGCGGCAAUCCACUAGUAGAACACGAAGUUCCACAACCCCUUUACCUUCCAGUUCAGGACAGGCUCAAGCACAACAACCAGUACAACAGCUUCCCAACAGAACAGCAGUCCGCUCGCAGACUGAUAUUGGCUACUCAAGACCAUCAGAGACAACUCGACCGGCCAUUGCAGAGUCUAGAAGCUCUAGCUCCCCAUCCAUGCCGACGGGUACAGCUCAGGUCGAACAGGUGAACAAUGUGCUCCCAUUCAGCGCUAGAGUCGCCGGGACGCCGCCUGUGUUGAAUCCUUCUUCGUUUGAGAACAAUGCCGGUCGCGGAAAACGGGUUGGGCGGCCGUUGGACAUUGGUGUUGGCCCGGUCUUGAGCCAUCUAGCUUCGGAUUCUCCACCGGCCAUGUCUCCCAACCCCGACAGCUCAAGGUCCCGGAAGACUCUGCAGGUUUACGAGGAGCCCAAUAUAUCAUGCUCCGCAUGCACCAAGCAGCAUAUAGAGUACGAAGUGCACUACAACUGUGAUAUUUGUGACGAUGGCAACUACAAACUCUGUUUGAGGUGUUAUCGCAAAGGCAAGGGCUGCCAUCACUGGUUCGGGUUUGGCACAUUUGGCAUUCACAAAUGGAAAUGGUAUCGGGAAAUCGAGGGUAGCUCAUUCCCCGAGCCCCACGUGCUCACGGCAAGCAGAUACCUCCCACCAGAACCUCCAAACAGCAACAACCCGGCAGAGAGGCUUCAAAGAGGCGCAUUCUGCUCUCGUUGCUUAGCAUGGGCGAAUGACUGCUACUGGACCUGCGGGAUAUGCAACGAUGGUGAUUGGGGUUUUUGCAAUGAGUGUGUAAAUCAGGGUCGCUCGUGUGCACAUCCUCUCGUGCCAGUGGCACGUUUCCCUCAGAUCAGCAAUGGGGAGCAGGCGGAUUCUCAGCCGCCUUCGGCCUCGUCUGCGCAAACGCCUAUCCCGACACCUCCCAUGAGCCCGAUUGUCCCCGCGUCACUGCGUCCUGGUGAGGGCCAUUCACGGCGGACAAGCAGCAUCAGUAGCGUUCUCAGCGGGCCAACAUCCAAGUUUCUCAAAUUUACAACGACAUGUGACGUCUGUCGUUGCGAGAUUCCUCCUGCACAGAGUCGCUUUCACUGCUACUAUUGCACAAGUUCGCUAGUGCCUGAAUCCAAGCCUGGCGACUACGACAUCUGCGAGUCCUGCUACGGUGGCGACAGGCGACACACAGUCAACUCUGAGAAUGGUGCUGCUGGCUGGCGUCGGUGUCCACAAGCUGGUCACAGGAUGGUCGUUGUCGGUUUCCGAGAGGCCAAACCUGGCAGGUGGUAUCGCCUCAUCCUGCGGGAUCUCGUGGGCGGCAGGAAGCUCAAAGUCAACCCUGUGGAAGGAUUCCCACAGCUGCAGCGCUGGUCUUGGGUUUCUGAAGACGGACGCGCCAUGGAGAGGCUAGUCUCUGUCGACGUGCGCGAACGCGCAAUUCUGGGCCCCGAGGUGGAAGGACUACCCGCGUCUGCCGUUGCGGCCGCGGAGACGACGGUGUUCCCGCCCGACGGAGGUACGGGCUGGAGGAGACAGGCCAGGUGGGCGUGGUAUCCUGAACCUGACGCGCAGGAUGAGCUCAUGUUCCCCAAGGGGGCUGAAAUACGUGAAAUAAACGACGAGAACCCGCAGUGGUUUUCGGGCACAUAUAUGGGGGAAAGGGGUGUUUUUCCCGCCAACUAUAUGUACCAGCCGGAGACAGAACCAGGCAACUGAGUUGAAUAUUCAGUGUGACCAGAAAAGGUGGCACUCUUGACGAAGCUUGUUAUUUGAUUAGGCUCAACAGGGUCAAUGUCUAUAGUUCAUGAAUAUAGUAUAACAUUGGAACGCUUUGGAUGUCUAUCCCAAGCAUUCAAGCAUAUUUGAAUCAGUUCAAAGGUUGAUGAAGUGGUACAGGCUUCCGC